UCAAAGAAAGCUAAUACGUCCCAUAUUGUUAGACGGAGGGAGUAUAUGAAAAAAGUCAGAGGGAGAGAGAUGGCUAGAGAGAGAAAAUGCAGGAGGAAAUACUAAAGGAGUAGAUAGCUUUGUUAGAUGCCCUAGCUAGAAUCAGCUGAGAAGUUGGUGGUUGACAUGAGAAGUGCCUUGCUGUGUCUGGUUCCUCGUCUGCCUCUUCCAUUUUGUUUGUCUGGUGAGGGGUAGUAGCGGUGGUGGUGGUGUCCCUCUCCUCUUCCCCCUCACCUAUACUAUAUCAUUAUUCUAAUCAAAUGGUAAAGUGGACAGAGAGGGAAAGGGGAAGGAGCAGGGCGCCGUCUUCCUUUUCCCUCGCCUCAUCACAAGUCGCAACACACCGCAAACCAAGCAUGCAACCCAUAGCUUUCCUUGCUUAAUAAUUAGCCAAUUCUCGGGGGUCCUCCUCCUCCGGCCCCUUAUUUACUCCACCACCGGUCCUCCCUUUGCUUUCGUUGCCACUGUUCCAUCUCGUAGGUUUCGUCGUCCCUUGCCGCAUGAGAGCUAAAUUUGUGAGUAGAUAAGAUAGAGGCGGAAUAAAAAAGAUCUGGCAAGAAAAAGAUCGAAGGCGGAGAGUGAGGGGAAGAAAUUUAAGAAUAACCUAGCUGUAGUAGCAAGCUUGUUGGGAGAGCAGCUAGCAUGGAUCCGGUUACGGCAUCCAUACACGGUCACCAUCUUCCUCCACCGUUCAACACCCGCGACUUCCAUCACCAUCUCCAGCAGCAGCAGCUGCUGCAUCUCAAGACCGAGGACGACCAGGGCGGCGGCACUCCAGCUGCUGGGGCCUUGGGCGGCCGCGGCACCAAGCGCGACCACCACGACGACGACGAGAACAGCGGCAACCAUGGAGAUGGCGGUGGCGGUGAGCUCGCCCUGAUCCCCACUUGUGCUAAUUCAGGUGGUGGCGGAUCAGGCGAGAACGGGUCGCGGCGCCCGAGGGGCCGGCCUGCCGGGUCAAAGAACAAGCCAAAGCCGCCCAUCAUCAUCACGCGGGACAGCGCCAACACGCUCCGCACGCACGUCAUGGAGGUUGCCGGCGGGUGCGACAUCUCCGAGAGCAUCACGGCGUUCGCCCGCCGCAGGCAGCGCGGGGUGUGCGUGCUCAGCGGCGCGGGCACGGUGACCAACGUCACCCUGAGGCAGCCGGCCUCGCAGGGCGCCGUGGUGGCCUUGCACGGCCGCUUCGAGAUACUCUCCCUGUCUGGCUCCUUUUUGCCGCCUCCUGCGCCGCCGGAAGCCACGGGGCUGACGGUGUACCUGGCAGGCGGGCAGGGGCAGGUUGUGGGAGGCAGCGUUGUUGGCGCGCUCACCGCGGCUGGACCCGUGGUCAUCAUGGCGGCCUCCUUCGCCAACGCUGUCUACGAGCGACUCCCGUUGGAGGACGAAGAUCUGCUCGCGCAAGGGGGGGACAGCGGCGCCGGGAUGCUCCCUGGCGCAGGGGGGCAGAUGGAUCCCAACCUCUUCCAAGGGCUCCCACCCAACCUUCUAGGCAAUGUGCAGCUGCCGCCGCCGGAAGCAGCUGCUGGUGGCUAUGGAUGGAACCCUGGCGCGGCUGGUGGCCGACCGUCGCCCUUCUAAUUAAUCGGCGCGGCCAGCAGCAGGAGCUUAGAAAAAGUUAAGUGCUUUCAUUAGCUUUCUUCACUUCGAGUCGCUUCGUGGGAAUUAAUUAUGCAUAUCAUUUCGGAUCUAAGCUUGCUAACUACUACUAGCAUGCAUUAUGUCCGGCCGCGUCGAUCUGCAGGAUUAAUUUGUUUCUGAUAUGUAUCCAUCUCUCUGUCAUUUGCUUCGGUUAUUAUGUAGGACUUCUCCUAUAUGAUCUUGUGUCUCAUAGUAUAACUGAUCUUCCUGUUGACUUGAGAGGAUUAAAUUUGUACCUUAUAUUCAUGUUUCUUAAUUUCUCCUAUAUUCUGCACCGUAAUUUUA